AUGACAUUCGAGUCGCUGUAUGCUGUGCACCACUACGGCUCGUACCUGGCUCAAUAUGAACUGGACGAGAUUGAUCAGUACGAUCACAUCUGGUUCCUCGGGCUCGGCGCCAAGAAGUUGGCCGGGGAUCCAGCUCGCCAGCAGAACGCCGGCUACGACGACGAGCACGGCAGCUACAUCAAGGUGCCGCGGGACCACAUCGCGUACCGGUACGAGAUACUGGAGGUGAUCGGUCGCGGCAGCUUCGGGCAGGUGAUCCGCACCCUCGACCACAAGACCAACACCCAAGUGGCCAUCAAGGUCAUCAGGAACAAGAAGCGGUUUCACCAGCAGGCCCUGAUGGAGGUCACCAUCCUGGAUCACCUGAGGAGGCGCGACAAAGAGGGCAACUACAACAUCAUCCACAUGCUGGACUAUUUUUACUUCCGCAAUCAUCUCUGCGUCACCUUUCAGCUAAUGGGGCUAAAUCUGUUCGAGCUGAUCAAGAAAAACAACUACCAGGGCUUGCCCAUGUCGCUGAUUCGCAAGCUCGCACAGUCCAUUGUGCAGUGCCUUCGGCUGCUGUGUAAGGAGGGCAUCAUUCACUGCGACCUCAAGCCGGAGAACGUGCUGCUGAAAUCUCGUAGCUCCUCCAGUAUCAAGAUUAUCGACUUCGGCAGCUCGUGCUACACGCACCAGCGUGUCUACACGUACAUCCAGUCCCGGUUCUACCGAUCGCCAGAGGUCAUUCUGGGCGUUCCAUACGGAACACCCAUAGACAUGUGGAGUCUGGGCUGUAUCCUAGCCGAGCUCAACACCGGCUUCCCGUUGUUCCCGGGCGAAAACGAGGUGGAACAGCUGGCUUGCAUAAUGGAAGUGCUGGACGUGCCGCCAGAGCAGCUGGUCCGGCACGCCUCCCGCCGCCGCCUCUUCUUCGACUCGAGGGGCACGCCUCGCACGCUGACUAACACUAAGGGCCGCCGCCGGAGGCCCGGCUCCAAACCCCUCACCGUCGCCCUCAACACGUCCGACACGAUGUUCGCCAACUUCGUCGAGAAGUGCCUAACCUGGGACCCGUCUCGGCGGAUGACGCCUGAGGAGGCGGCGCGCCAUCCGUUCCUGAGCAGCGGCCGGCGCGGUCCGCCGCCACCUCCGCCGCCGCCGCCCAGCUGGAGAGACGAGCCGCAAUGA